UUACUAAUCUCACACCCAUCUGCAUCUAAUAAACCUCCGUUACUAUGACAAUUCUAACAAUCGUAACGUUUGCUUAAGAUGAGAAAAAGCAACCACUUGAUCGGUCUCUUAAACUUCCUAACAUUCCUGCUGUCGAUUCCGAUCCUAGGAGGCGGGAUAUGGCUGAGCAGCAGGGCGAACAACACCGACUGCCUCAAGUUCCUGCAGUGGCCGCUCAUCAUCAUCGGCGUCAGCAUCAUGGUCGUGUCCCUGGCGGGGUUCGCCGGCGCGUGUUACCGCAACACCUUCCUCAUGCGGCUCUACCUCGUCGUCAUGUUCCUGGUCAUUGCCGUUCUGAUCGGGUUCAUCAUAUUCGCCUACGUUGUCACCGACAAGGGGUCCGGUCGGAGGGUGAUGAGCCGCGCUUACUUGGAGUAUUAUCUUGAGGACUAUUCGGGGUGGUUGGAGGAGCGCGUGGCGAGUGAUAGCUACUGGGGGAAGAUUGCUUCGUGUGUUAGGGAUUCUAAAGCGUGUGGGAGGAUGGGGAUAACCAUUAAUGGGAUGCCCGAGACUCCUGAUAUGUUCUACAUCAGACAUCUCACCCCUAUUCAGUCUGGUUGCUGCAAGCCCCCAACAGAUUGUGGCUAUGUCUAUCAGAAUGAGACAGUGUGGAUCCCAGGAUCAGGAUUGAUGGGAGCCAACCCAGAUUGCACAAGGUGGAGCAAUGAUCAAGAGCAGCUUUGCUAUGCAUGUGAUUCUUGCAAGGCUGGUGUGCUGGCAAGUCUCAAGAAGAGUUGGAGGAAGGUCUCAGUGAUCAACAUUGUUGUUAUGAUCAUCCUUGUCAUUGUUUACAUAAUUGCUUAUGCAGCUUAUAGGAACAACCGCAAGAUGGAUAACGAUGAGCCCUAUGGUGAAGCAAGGAUGACAAAGGCUCAACCUAGUGCCUUCCAUCUUUAGUGGCACUGCAACUAUUUGGAUGCCAAAAGGUUGAUUAAUUUCAGCGACUUGUCUUAGGAUUUUGGACCCCUUUUUCCCUUGUAACUAGGUUGCUCUCAUCUCAUGGCUUUGUAUCAAACUAUCCUAGUUGUAACAAGGAUUUGGUUUUAAUCUUGAAGGGCUGAAUGUAUUUAAUUAUUACUAUUAUAUUUGCUUACUUUGCAACUUCUGUUUUUGCUUUGAAGAUUCUCAUUUUGUAAUGUUGGAAUUAGUAUUGAUAGAUUUAUAAAUUCGGAGAAAUGUCUUGCAUUA